CUCAGCUUCAUCAUUGGGAUAUCAUGUAGCAUGGGGAAGCUCUCAUAUGCUUCAUACGGAAACGCUUAUGCUAUCAUCAUUGAUUCAUACGAUCAUCCUACAUUGAUUCCCAUCAUUGAUCAGAACUUGACAAGACGUUAUGGACCUGAUUACAGCUAUGAAACAUUCACCAUUCCUGCUAUCUGAAUACGUUGAA